CCAGACAGCAGAAUGAGUUGAUGGGAAUUAAAAACAGUUCACGGGAAAGUCUCUGCCAGAGCGCCAAGUCUUCCCCCUCCCAGCAAGCGUCAUUAGUGUAGGGGGGUUUGCAUAAAAGAGGAGAGGAGAUGAAACAGAGCAGGGAGAUUAAGCCGAGCCGCGAAGAUGACUGUCGAACCACCAUCCACCUUAGAGAGAGCCGUCUCAUCAUCUAAACCCAAGUUUCCAAAAUUUCGAAAAGUGAACUUACCAUUUUUCAAAAAGAAUUUACAAACAAAGAAUAAUGGCAACCAGACUUCAGAGAUUCCUUUGACUUUUAAACAGAACCUAAAAGAGCAGCACUUUGCAGUGGCAGGGAAGCAGCUGAUAAACCGUGAGGAGCGUCUGUUUUCAGUGAAACAAGAUGGGGUGGGGUCUAAUAAGUCCCUGGUGGAGGAAGAGGAGGAUUAUGAGGAAAGUCUGAGGAAAGACUUUGAAGACCUUUUGGAGGAGGUAUGGUCAACAUUGGAGAAUUCCUUCGAGGUCCGAACAGAGAACGAGAAAGAGGCGCUAAAACAGGCAGUUCUGGUCAUACAACAAGAGGAGGAGCAGGACAGGAGAUGGGAAGGGGUAGCAGAAAAAGAGCGCCCUCCAUGGAGGCCUCGGUGCUGCAGGUGGACGCACGACUCUCUGCUUCAGAAUAUAGUUCAGCGGCGAAUGGAAGAGGCAAAGUUAGACUCAAACGCUGACAUUAAAUCUUCAAUCCAAAAGGAAAUCAUAGGCAAAGGUAAACAACUUAAGGAGGACCUGCUACACAUUGUAGAACAUGUGAGGAGCUGCUACCCAGGAGAGAAUGUGUGCCAACCGUAUGCCAAAUUAUACCAUCAAGCCUUUUGUGCCAAACUCAGGGAAAUCACUGACUAUGGACUCAGUGAUGAUGACUGCUCACAUGUGCUGCAGUGGGUGAACAUACAUUACCCCAGUAUCAUGAGGCGUAAAGAGCUUAAAGAGGUUAUUGAAUAUGAACAGCUGGAAGCACUCCUACCUGAAAACAUGCUUGCACCACUGGAGGAGCAGUAUUUGACUCAAAUAGAGAAUGAGGUGCAGACAUGGUGCCAAAAUAUUUUGAAAGAGGAGAAAGCUGAGCCUGAAUUGAGGGAUGGAUGCUACUUCAGCCCUCUGGCCAUCGAUGUGAUUGAGUGUGUCCAUGGUGCUAUGACGUCCGCACAGAAAGUUCUGGGCUCUUGUUCAAAGUCUCAGAGGAUCACACACCAGAUUAAAGAAUUCCUCAUUAAUUACCAGGAUUACCUUAAGAAUGUGACUGAGGAUAAUCAGGGGAACACUGACGCUGUACUGAAGGCCAACCUUCGGUGUAUCAGACAACUCAGGGAACACAUAAGAAAGAAUCAAGAACUCUUUCCUGCACAUAUCAGGACUGACUGCAUGGAUUUGCUCACAAACAUAAGAGAGCUUUGCCAUGGCUAUUUCACCACGUCUAUACAUAAAGAUCUGAAGGGGAAGUAUUCCAAACUGGGCACUCGGGAGUGGCUUAAGCACAGUGAAAAAGUGUGUGGUGAGCUGCUUGAAGGAGUGGACACACACAUUCAGAAACUUACUAACUUGGACAAAACAUGCCUUCAGGACCUGCUCAGUCAUCUUCACAAACAAGUGCUAGCAGAGUAUGUGAGGAAAACGAUGAAGAAGAAGAUCAAACUUGGAGAUGAGAAGAAACAACAACAGGCAGCUAAAGCGUUACAUGACAACAACCAGAAAAUACACACCCUGUUUACUGAGGCUGGGUCAAACUUGUAUGACCUGAAAGACGUCCUUCCAAGACUUGCUGAACUGCUGACAAUAAAGGAUCCACAGUUUAUUGAAUUAGAGCUUGUGAAUAUAUCCAAAAGCUACUCCGACUUCAGUGAAGCUCAUGUCUGCGCCUGGCUGCAUCUCAAGGCGACCCUCUCUACCUCAGAGCUCAAAAUGAUCAAGAAGACUUUCUCAGAGUUACGGGAGCUAAACACACCAAAGGAGACUGAGAAUCAGAAGCUGGAUCCGCUCUACUCAAGCAGAGAUUUCUUCUCUAAAGUGCUUGUGAAAUAGGCUUGAUGUACUGCACAACAGUCCCUCAGCCACAUGCUGAGUUGUAUGUAAAGUGUUUUGUAAAAUGCACUGUGAAUCUGCUUAAUAUUAUUUCAUUGUGUACGGAUUUCAAUGUUUUUUUUCAAUCAAUUUUUAUAUUUUUUGUAAAAAAAUAAGCUAUAAAUAAGCUAUAAAUAGUUUUUAUUUAUGUUUUUUUGUGUGUCAUACUUGUCUCUUUUUCAUUUUAAUAUUCGUUUGGACUGAAACAUGUAAAAUCUGUACAGUCUGGAAUUACUUUAAAUUAGUAUUGAAACAGAUUAAACAUUUCAGUCAUGUUAAAUAAAUAUCCACAUCCUGCUUCAUUGUGUUGGGUAAUGCAGAGUUUGAAUGUGUUGGAUAAUAAAUUAACCAGACAUUAACACUUAUCCUGUCUUUUCUGGUGUAUGGCUGUAAGCCAGUGGAAAAAGGCCCAAAUCUAAAAUAGGUGACUCGAUAUCAGUAAUUUGUGUGCAUGGGAGUUUCCUUUAUGACUACAACAGGCUCAGUUCAAGAUGUUAUGAUCGACACAAUAAUAUCCGAAUUCCAUUCACCUGCGGAAUGUUUAGUCAGUAAUGCAGCAUCCAAAAGCCUGCAACAAUCACAGGAAACACACUAUUUCUUUUCCAAACAAAUCUUUCUAACUUGCAACACUAGUUCCAGUACAGACAAAAAUACUCUCCCCUAAACGAUUUACACAUCCAGUCCUGGAAGAGAUGGAUUUCGUAGAGGUGUUUAGACACAGAUUACGGAAUAUUUUCUGCUUGAAGUGAAGCAUAUCCAUGUGUGGGAAAUUUCACAAAGCAGGAUUUUUUGUUUGAUAACUUCUGCCAAACUUAUCAAAUAGCAGGAAAGGUUAGGGACAUUCUG